CAAGAGAGACACCAAAUACCAAACACACAACCCAGAAAGCAGUGUUAGUUCGAGUAGACAAUUAAAUCUCACCUGAAGAUGUCUUCUGGUUCGUCGUCUCGGAGCACCUCGCCGAGCUCCGACUCGGAGUGGAGCAAGAAGGAGAACAAGAUGUUCGAGGAGGCGCUCGCCUACUACGGCGUGGGCGCCCCCAACCUCUGGGAGAAGGUGGCCAGCGCCAUGGGGGGCACCAAGUCCGUCGAGGAGGUGCGCCGCCACUUCCAGCUCCUCGUCGACGACGUCAACAGCAUCGAGCACGGCCGCAUCCCUUUCCCCAAGUACAAGACCCAGGGCUUCUGGACCUAAUAAAAGGAUGAAGCAGUGUAAGCUCCAGUGGACAGUGAACAAGGUGUACAAACUAGAUCUCUUAAGAAUGGGCUGAUGUUCUAGGAAGAAGCAAGGGAAUCUAGCAUUGGUUAGAAUAACAGGAAGGAAAUCAGCUAGUAUUGUCUAUUGUGUGCACAAAGUAUUAUUAGGUUGUUUCCAAGGUUAAGUCUAUCUCCAUGUUGUCGUAGAUUCUCGUCUACAUUCCUGAACUGGGUGUUGUUCAUUAUCCCCUGGAAUCAAGUCAUCUAAUAAAAUGUCAUGUAAACUCA